AUGGCUGAUGCUUUGGUGUCAUCUGUGAUUAACAGGCUUGGGAACUAUGUCCUCCGAGAAGUAGAGUUCUUGCGAGGAGGGAAAGGCGAAGUGGAAUUUCUGAGGAAAGAGUUGGAAUGGUUGCGUCGUUUCUUAAAUGAUGCACAAGAAAAACAAGUUGAGGACGAUACGAAACGGCGGUGGGUACUUGAUAUCAUGGACAUCGCUUACGAUUGUGAGGAUGUCUUGGAUGAAAUUAUUGUCAAAUUCCACGAUGAAGGGAUUCCAGAUACGCUCAGUGUCGACCAAGCGAGUAUUUCAGAAUGA